CAAAAUUUGAUUAUAAUGGCAGAUAAGAGGAAAACUAAAAAGCGCAAAGAGGAGUUUGAAGAGUCGGAGGAGUCGGAGAAGCCGACGAAUGAAGAGUACGCGGUCGCCAAGUGGCUCAAGUCCAAUGUUCCAACCAAGAAAACCAAGUUCCUUAACCACCAUGUGGAGUACUUCACAGGCACAAAAGCAGUAGAUGCGCUGCUAACAUCAAAAUGGGCGACGGGCAAGAACCGCAUCUUCAAGACGCGGCAGGAAGUCACCGAUUUCUUGCAUUCCAUGCUGUUGCACAAAUUAUUUCACAGAGCUAAAAAGGUUCCUGUAAGCGAGCAAGAAUUGAAAGGCAAAUCAAAGAAGAAGGAGUUGGAGAAAGGCAAGAGCGGUGAUGAGAAGGAUGGAGAUAAGGGACAGGGAAGCGCUUGCGAGUCCAAGGCCGACUCGAAAGAGGACAAAAAGGAAGCGGAAAGGAAGAAACGCAAGAUUCGUCUCGAAAUGCACAUGGAACAACUGUUCCUGGACACAAAUGACGCAUACGUGUGGAUUUACGACCCUAUGCCCUGGUAUUACUGGGUGUGCGGAACGCUGGUUGUCUUUGGCACUAUUACCGUUUGCAUGUUCCCGCUAUGGCCUGCUACUGUCAGAAAAGGCGUAUACUACCUAAGUAUUGCGGCGGCUGCGUUCCUGGUGAUGAUCAUCGCUCUGACCGUGCUCCGAGUGGUGAUAUUCUGUUUGGUAUGGAUCCUGACUGUAUCGCGUCAUCACCUAUGGCUACUGCCAAACCUGACUGAGGAUGUCGGUUUCUUCGCUUCUUUCUGGCCGCUGUACAAGUAUGAAUACCGCGGUCCAGGGUCUGAGAGCGACAAAGCCUCCAAAAAUAAGAAAAAACGCAAGAAAGACAAGCACUCCGACGAAGAAGCGGACGAAAAAGCACCGCUCAUUGAGAAGAAGCCAGCGGAAGCGGAACUGGAAGCGAGAGCAGACGAGGCUACUGAUAAAUCUGAACUGGAACUGUUGGUGGAACCGGACACUGAAGACAUAAAUUCCAGAGAUGACACAUCAACGCCGCCAGCGAAGAAGAACUCCGAGUCAGAAUCGGAGAACAGUCAACGUUCGUCCACCGAUCGUGACUUCGAAAUAGUUGAUGCAGGGGAUCUCGAACCGGACGAUAACACUACUUAAAUGCACGUCACACCAGUGUAAAACGAGCUGGGACGGGUAUCUCAUCUCAUGACUUAUUUCAAGCCAAUUUCGCCAUAUAAAUAUCCAGCCAGAGACUAUGAUAGUAGUUCAAAUAAAUACGACUCAGCACGCGAAGUUCUUUUUAAAAUGGCCUUAUUAUUAUUUUCUCGGUUUUCCGUUACUAUGCGUCGAUCUUUUUCGUUUCCAGCUGUUAAUUUGUACACCAAACUAAAAUUUGAUAAAUUUUUCACCUCACUAGCUCGGAAAGGCUUUCUUUCUCAUUAGAAAUCAGCGCAUACAAGCGUUAUUUCCACGCUAGCGUGGAAAAGGUUUUUGAAAUUCGAGCUUGA